AUGAGAGAAAUUGUUCACGUUCAGGGUGGCCAAUGCGGCAACCAGAUUGGCGCCAAGUUCUGGGAGGUUAUUUCGGAUGAACACGGCAUAGCCCCGACCGGAACGUACAAGGGGGACAGUGACCUGCAACUGGAGCGCAUUUCCGUGUUCUACAAUGAAGCAACCGGAGGGCGCUACGUGCCGCGCGCGGUCCUCAUGGACUUGGAGCCCGGAACGAUGGACUCGGUCCGAUCGGGUCCUUUCGGGCAGCUGUUCCGCCCUGACAAUUUUGUCUUCGGGCAGACAGGUGCGGGCAAUAACUGGGCCAAGGGGCACUACACGGAGGGCGCGGAGUUGAUUGAUUCUGUUCUCGAUGUCGUGCGCAAGGAAGCAGAAGGAUGCGACUGCCUACAGGGCUUCCAGGUUACGCACUCGCUCGGAGGAGGCACAGGAAGUGGAAUGGGUACGCUGCUUAUCAGCAAAGUCCGUGAGGAGUACCCCGACAGGAUUAUGGAGACUUUCUCGGUGUUCCCCUCCCCAAAGGUGUCGGACACUGUGGUUGAGCCGUACAAUGCCACGCUCUCUGUGCAUCAGUUGGUAGAGAACGCAGACGAAGUGCAGGUUAUUGACAACGAGGCGCUCUAUGAUAUCUGCUUCCGCACCCUCAAGCUCACCACCCCCACCUAUGGCGACCUCAACCACCUCGUGAGUGCAGCCAUGUCGGGCGUUACCUGCUCGCUACGUUUCCCUGGCCAGCUGAACUCGGACCUCAGGAAACUGGCGGUGAACUUGGUUCCCUUCCCGCGUCUGCAUUUCUUCUUGAUUGGCUUCGCUCCGUUGACCAGCCGCGGCUCGCAGCAGUACCGUGCGCUUACCGUCCCCGAGUUGACGCAACAAAUGUUCGACGCAAAAAAUAUGAUGUGCGCCUCCGACCCCCGACACGGCCGUUACCUCACGGCUUGUGCUCUCUUCCGCGGCCGCAUGAGCACCAAGGAGGUAGAUGAGCAGAUGCUCAAUGUGCAGAACAAGAACUCCUCGUACUUCGUUGAGUGGAUUCCGAACAACAUGAAGUCCGGUGUAUGCGAUAUUCCACCAAAGGGACUGAAGAUGUCCGUCACCUUCGUAGGAAACUCCACCGCCAUUCAGGAAAUGUUCAAGCGCGUUUCCGACCAAUUCACGGCCAUGUUCCGCCGCAAAGCCUUCCUUCACUGGUACACCGGUGAGGGUAUGGACGAAAUGGAGUUCACCGAAGCCGAGUCCAACAUGAACGAUCUAGUUUCUGAAUAUCAGCAGUACCAGGACGCCACCGCCGAGGAGGAAGGAGAGUUCGAUGAAGAAGAAGGUGCUAUGGACGCAGAGGGCGCCGCGUAA